AUGUCGGUUGGGUACCAUCUGACCGCGUAUGGCGGAAGAAACGAUAGCCUAUUCAGGGGGGCAAUCAUGCAAUCCGGAGGAUCGAUCGCGGCCGGUCCGUCCAACUACACGGGGUACCAGGAUCUGUACGAUGACUUGGUGUCAAAAGUCAACUGCUCGGGCGUGGCGGACACGCUACAAUGUCUGCGUGAGGUUCCCUAUGAGGAACUGAACUCGGCGCUCAAUGGCACGGACGGCACUCCGGCGUACCCAUUCUCGCCAGUGGUGGAUGGCGAUCUACUAAGGACCUGGGGCAGCGUGCAUCUGCAACAGCAUGAAUUCGUGCGCGUGCCCAUCAUCGCUGGCACCAAUACCGACGAAGGGACUUCGUUCGGGCCUACGGGCAUCAACACGACUGCAGAAUUCUACUCGUAUCUCACAGGUAAGCAAGCAUGCAUGCAGUUUAAAUGA